UGCGCAGUUGACCAAUGUGACGGCCAUAAUGUCGAAAUUCUGAAUUUGGAUGUAGAGAGUGUUAACGAAACCAGUCAAAAUGUCGGGUAAUAUGGGAAUGGAGCAGCUGAUUCCUGUAGUCAACAAGCUGCAGGAUGCCUUUGCUUCACUCGGUGUGCCGAUUUCCCUCGAUCUACCGCAAAUCGCCGUCGUGGGCAGCCAAAGUGCCGGCAAGAGUUCGGUGCUGGAGAAUUUUGUCGGCAGAGACUUUCUGCCACGUGGGUCAGGUAUUGUGACCAGGAGACCUCUCGUCUUACAACUGAACUAUUCCAGAACAGAAUAUGCAGAGUUCCUUCAUUGUAAAGGGAAGAAGUUUGUGGAUUUUGAUCAGGUUCGCAAGGAAAUUGAAGAUGAAACUGAUCGGGUGACUGGCGGCAACAAAGGAAUUUCCAACAUUCCAAUAAAUCUUAGAGUAUAUUCGCCACAUGUGUUGAACCUAACACUGAUUGACUUACCUGGGAUGACUAAAGUACCUGUCGGGGACCAGCCUGCGGACAUUGAGAUCCAGAUCCGCAGUAUGAUCAUGGAGUUCAUCAGCAAGGACAACUGCCUCAUCCUGGCCGUGUCGCCGGCCAACACCGAUCUGGCAAACUCGGACGCCCUCAAGAUAGCCAAGGAGGUCGACCCCCAGGGUCUUCGUACCAUUGGUGUUAUCACAAAGCUGGACUUGAUGGAUGAAGGGACAGAUGCCAGUAACAUCUUAGAGAACAGAUUACUCCCACUUCGCAGAGGAUACAUUGGGGUUGUCAACAGAAGUCAGAAGGACAUUGAUGGGAAGAAGGAUAUCCGAGCAGCUUUAGCAGGAGAGAGAAAGUUCUUCCUCAGUCAUCCGGCCUACAGACACAUGGCUGACCGUAUGGGAACCCCGUACCUCCAGCGCGUGCUGAACCAGCAGCUAACCAAUCAUAUCCGAGACACGCUACCAUCAUUGAGGAACCGUCUUCAGUCACAGAUCCUGUCCAUGGAGAAAGAUGUCGCAGAGUACAAAAACUUUAGGCCAGACGAUCCCGCGCGCAAGACCAAAGCCAUGAUGCAGAUGGUGCAGGGUUUCGCCGUGGACAUCGAGAAGAGUAUUGAGGGCUCUGGGGCGGAGGUCAGCACCAUGGAACUGUCCGGAGGGGCCAAAAUCAACAGAAUUUUCCACGAACGAUUCCCAUUUGAACUGGUCAAGAUGGAGUUUGAUGAAAAGGAAUUACGACGAGAGAUCAGUUUUGCUAUCAAAAAUAUUCAUGGUAUCAGGACUGGCCUGUUCACACCAGACAUGGCUUUUGAGACAAUUGUCAAGAAACAGAUUUCCAAAUUGCGAGAGCCAUCAGUGAAGUGUGUCGACAUGGUUAUACAGGAACUCACAAACAUAGUCCGCAAAAUGAGUGACCAGAUGAAUCGUUACCCACGGUUACGAGAAGAAACAGAGCGUAUUGUGAACACGCGUAUUAGAGAGCGGGAACAGUGUACAAAAGAGCAGAUUUUAUUGCUGGUGGAGGUCCAACUGGCGUACAUGAACACAAACCAUGAAGAUUUCAUUGGAUUCGCCAAUGCCCAACAAAAGUCAGAAAACAACAAAAGAAAAGUCGGGAAUCAGGUGAUUCGUAAAGGCUGGUUAACUUUACAUAAUAUCAGCUUCAUGAAGGGAGGGUCAAAGGACUUCUGGUUUGUGCUGACUGCAGAGACGCUCUCCUGGUUCAAGGAUGAGGAGGAGCGAGAAAAACGCUACAUGCUACCUCUCGACGGGCUUAAAUUACGGGAUAACCAGGAACAAAGUUUUAUGUCUAAGAAGCACCAAUUUAAACUCUUCAACCCUGACUCAAGAAAUGUGUAUAAGGACUACAAGCAGCUUGAGCUGUCCGCUGACAGUCAGGAGGAAGUGGACAGUUGGAAAGCCUCCUUCCUACGAGCAGGAGUCUAUCCAGACAGAUCACAGGAAGACAGUGAUAGUAGAUCGGAAGACCUGGGUUCAAUGGACCCUCAGCUAGAGCGUCAGGUAGAGACAAUCCGCAAUUUGGUCGAUUCUUACAUGAAGAUCAUCAACAAAACGCAGCGUGACCUUGUGCCCAAGGUCAUCAUGCACCUCAUUGUCAAUGACAUCAAAGAGUUUAUUCAUGCAGAACUGUUGGCACAUCUGUACUCGCAGGGUGACCAGAAUUCCAUGAUGGAGGAGUCUGCAGAAGAAGCUAGCCGUCGAGAAGAGCUGUUAAGGAUGUACCACGCCACAAAGGAGGCUCUGAGCAUUAUAUCAGAGGUGUCAACAUCAACAGUGUCUACCCCCAUGCCACCCCCAGUCAAUGAUGACUGGCUCACGGUGGACAGCUCUUCUUACAACGGCCGACCACCUUCACCAGGUUUGUCACGGUCUCGGCCUCCUCCCCCGCCUCCAAAUCGCCCUGGAGGAGGCCCCUCAGUGCCAUCUCGCCCUGCACCACAUGUACCUCUUAGGCCAGCACCGGCAGCGCCUCUGCCUCAGCCACUUAUUCCAACGGCUGGGUGGAAUAAAUCAGGCUACGAUAUGUCCGACUCCAUGAGCCAAAAUCUUACCCGAGUGGGCAGCUUACCGGUGAACAGCCGUCAGUCUCAGGAAAUCGCCAAACGGUUCGCUCAGUCUAGCGCCGGUCAAGCCGCUGGACACGCUGCGGCAAACGCAGCCACAAACUACACAAAGAGUUACGUUAGACAACAAUUCACCGGGUCACCAACAAUACCUAAAAGGCCAAACAGCAAUGCGCCCAAUGUUCCUCCUCGGAUCCCUGACAGACCGCCACUUGUGCCCUCCCGACCUCAGUAACAAUAGAAGUCAACUACAGAGGGAGAUACUUAAACAACGGGAUCCAAUUGUGGAAGAAAAAAAACAUGUUUAUGUAUAGCAAUGCAGUUGCCGUGGUGAUGCUGGAAGUCAUGAUAUAAUAUUAUGUUAAAUAGCAUUUGUGUCACGUGUUUAGAGAAUGCUCAGAUCAUCUGACCAGUCAUGUGACCAAACAUUUCUAUAGCCUUAGACAAUUUUUUUCCUAAUUGAAUAUUCAUGAGGAAGUGGGAGAAAUUUUGUCAGCGUCAUAAUUUUUUAUGCAACUAUUAAUAACGUUAUUACGAUGUAUACUGUAGGUACUUGUGAUCUCCAUUCCAGUGUUUUCUUAAAUAAUAACUUUCUGAGAAAGUGAAGAAACUAAUGCUUCAAAAGUUUCUUCCUAACUCACUUGGCUACAUACAUGUAUACUAUUAACUGGUAAAUGUAAAUAUGUUUUAAACUUCCCGUGUAAUCAUAUAGCAUGUAAACAAUGUCUAUAACUGUGCUACUCUUUUUUUUUUUGUUUUGUUUAAAUCUUACCCAGCUGGGAGAAAGUUUGUUCAAAAAUAGAAAAUAUGGAUGGUUUUAAAAAUACGAUGACUCAGCCAAGUAGUGCAUUUAAAUCGAUUGACAGCUGUAAGAUGUUUUUUUUUGUGCGACUCAAACUUUAUCGAAAUUUUUAAAAUUCUCGGAGUUUCCCACUUGUGUUAAUGAUAACUUUAUAAAAAAAAUGUUUGCCAUAGAGUUAACAGUUCUGUGCAAUAGACACUUAGUUGUAGUAAAUAGAUGUAAAUUGAUGCUGUUUUUUUUGUGUUGCAAUAGACUUCAUAUGCACAGUACUGUAGUGGGUAAACUAGCACUUUGUCAAUGUGUCAGUGCAAGAAUACAAUACUUUUUGCACAAGACUAGGUAAUGAUUAACAUGUAAAUUGUACAUAAGAAAGCUGUGUGUCAGUUCUAUUUUGUGAUAUUUUUGGAAGCAUGUCUGUCAAAGUGAACACAGAAUUUGAGUUCCAUGAAUUCGAAUACUGUAAGUGCCAGGUCGGUUAAGUUGACAUGUUAUAGCUAGAUGUUGAGCAUGCAACAUUUGAAGCCAGGGGAAUUUCUUGAACGACGAAAAAGCUUUGCACAUGUGUGUAUGAUUUGGAAAGCCUGGUUGUCAGCUCCACAAUUUCCAGGAAGUCAAUGUGAAUUCAAGGCGCAGUUCAUGAAUUGAAAGACCUUUUAAUUCUCUGAUGAAUGUGGAAUGCGCAGAUUGUGGGUACAGACUGCUGUGUGCAAAUUGUCUGAGAUGGUUCCAAAAAACGUCACAUUGUAUAUGUAUGUGCAUAAACAUACACGUUUUGUUCUUUGAUACGUUUAUAUCUGAAAAAAAAGUGCAAGAGGCCAGCUCUUAGAUCAAUGUGAAGUCCUGUGUUAUGUGUACAUACAUAUAUGUGUAGAGUGUGAAGUGGGCUGUACAUGUGGUCAUUAUUAUGCUAAUGUUGUUUUAUGGAGCUGUAGAUUGAGCAGUUUUGUGGUUUUAUUGUAAGCACAUUGUCUGAAGCUGUAAGCACGUUUAGUGUAUCAAGAGAAACACCUGGGAGUGUGCCUGGGAGUCAAAACACAUUGUGUAAAAAUAUAAACACAUUGUGUAAAAAUAUAAACACAUACAGAUGGAGCAGCAAAGAUGGUACUAGAUGUCUCUAAGCUUAUUCCAGUUGCCAAACAGUGGAAACAUAAUUAAGCGAUAUAAACAUAGAAGGGUAUGUGUAGAGAUAGGACAACAUUGAUUAUCAAUGAGUGGUUGAAAUUGACCAUUUAGAUUUUGUUUAGAAAAGCAUAAAGAAAUGACAGUGAGGGGAAAUGAUGCACAUGUAACACUAUGGUGGCUGGAAUAGUAGAUGUACAGGUUAUAACAUACACAUGCCAAUCAAGUAUCUAAGUUAACAUUAUCUUUUGUUUCAUUAAUUGUUUUUUGUUAAAUCUGGCAAAAAAAGCCCCCUAGUAAACCACUAGUUUUGUGUAGUGAAAAAUUUUGUGCUGUCUUGAUCAAAUGAAACUUUUUGAAUUAAGUUGCAUGUCAUUGUCUUUGAAGGCUUUUUCAUGUUAAAAUGAAAGCAUUUAUGGACAAAUGAAAAGAUGGGAAAAUAUGGUGAUAAUCCAGACAUAAGCAA